AUGGAGUGGAGAGAGACGAACGAGCGACACGAUCCGCGAUGUCUCGGUGGCGUGCCCUCCCCCUUUUUUUUUCUCCGGCGACAAGCGAAUCCGUCGACGGUGACGCGAACCGCGAAUCUAUAUUAGGCGUUGAGAAGAAGCGCGCGGUGUGCGGAAAAAAAAAACUAAUACCCCUGGCAAGCAGGCAUGUCAGAGACGUGUGGGAUGAUUAACGUAUAUAUUUCGGGACGUUUGACAGCUCGACGGGAGGAAACGGAUGAUCCUCCGCUCUCCCGCGAAGCUGAAAUCUCGCGGGUUUUCACGAGCGCGCGCGCGCGCGAUCGGCAGUCGCCGAUAAGAAAAGAUUCUCGCGACGAUCUCGCGUACUCGGAAGACUCGCUGGGGUUAGCCUGGGUUGAGGUUAGAGUGCACGGCUCUGCACUCGCGAGAGAGCGAUAAGCGAGUAUGAGCGAGUACGUAGUUCCACGCGCGAUCACGUGGCGCGUAUGUUGUGAUUUUUCAGCGCGCGGUUCAAAAGGAUGGAAAAAGUUCCGCGCGAAGUUCAGGAAAACGAUCAGAUCUCCGUUAAUUCAAAACAAUGGAAACUUCCGCACAUCUCUUUCUUUUCUUUUUUUUCUUUUCUUUUUUCUUCUUCGAUAACUGCAGCAUCGGAGGAUAUCUAUCUCAGUGCGGUUUCAAGAUUGUCGCCUUAUCAAACGUACUCGAGCGCUCGGCGCAUUCGUGACCGCAUCGUUGUAUCAUCGUCACCCGCAGCUUCGUGCAUUUGAAUUGGCGACGAGAAACGGUAGCACGCAUAAAGGAUUUUGCUUAUACAUAAUAAAAUGUCGGCAGACGCUGCGAUAUCAUUUUCCUAACAAAUUGUCCAAUCGGCUGUGCAAUUAACUCGCAAUUGACAAUGGCCCGCAAAAUAAGACGCUUCGUUUGCAAUGCAAGAAAAAUGCUCUUAAGGAUUUUCAGACGCUUUCUUCUCUUUAUCCGUAUGAGAGGCCUGUAUAGAAAAAUGGAUGCUACAAUUGAAAAUAUGCAUCAUACACGAGGCUCCACAACCGACGAGCAAGUAAGAGUCCUAACUGUGAACAAUGGGGAACAUCUCGACGGGAUAUUAUACAGAUUGAAAAAAGGAUGGACAGUUGAGUUUCGACUCGGGGCCUCCCUGCUUGGAAAGGCGCUUGAUGUCUUUGUAAAUCAUCCGUUGUCGCCCGACAAGAAAUUCGAGAGGCAUACUUACUAUCAGUUGCAAUGGGUUGACGAAUCGGCGAGCAUACAUUUAACUUUGCCUGGGUCAUUUCAUUAUUACGUCACUGAUCAAGUCGAAGGACACAUAAAACCCGUCGCGUCCGGAUACUUGCUGGUGGAUCCCGAGUUGAGAGUGGGCGAGCACGGGGAGGAGCUACCUCUGGAUUGCGUUCAGAUUCAAACGGUUCUGGCGAAGAGUUUAGGACCGUUCUCUACGUGGGAAAAUAAACUGCUGGUGACACGAAAUUCUGGAUAUAACGCAAUUCAUUUCACGCCGAUACAGGAAUUAGGGCGUUCGAAAUCGUCGUAUAGUCUGAAGGAUCAAGCCAAGCUGAAUCCUCUUUUUAAUGAAAAUAAUGAGAUAGUUACUCAUCGCGAUAUCGAAACGUUUGCAAAGAAAAUGCGGACCGAAUGGAAGAUGUUGAGCAUCUGCGACAUUGUUCUGAAUCACACGGCGAACGAGAGUCCUUUCCUGGUUUCUCACCCGGAGUGCACGUACAACUGCAUCAACAGUCCACAUUUACGUCCGGCGUACGUCUUGGAUGCAGCGCUGUUUGAAUUAACAGUCCAAGUAGCCGCCGGAGAAUGGGAAUUUAAGGGCAUUCCCACCGUAGUCGAAACCGAGGAUCAUUUGAACGCUAUUCGCCAUGCCCUCCACACACAUUUCUUGCCACUAGUGAAGAUACACGAGAUGUACAUAGCCGACGUCAAUGAGAUCGUAGCGGAAUUCUUGAACUUGGCGCGCAACGAGAUGCCGCAAGACGUGAAUAAUACGGCGUCCAAAGAAAUUAGGGUGAUUCAAGAUCCCGCCUUUCGUAGAUUAAAGUCGACGAUAGAUAUGCAGCUUGCCCUGAAAAAGUAUAACACGUACAGAGCCGAUUGUUUCGAUGAGGAGACUCGUCUGAAACGAUGUGCAGAGGACUUGAAGAAUAAAUUACAAGACCUCAACGCAGCUGUUAUCAACGGUGUGCAAAACCAUCUGGACGCUGCCGUUGAGAAUAGCAUUGCUGGCAUAAGAUAUUUCAGAGUGCAAUCCGAUGGUCCAAGAAUUAAGGAAAUUAGCGAGAAAAAUUCUCUCCUUCCCAGAUAUUUUACUGAUUAUGGAGUACCCAAAUCUUUAAUGGAAAGGGAGAAUAUAAUGUAUUCAGAUAACGGAUGCUAUCUCAUGGCUCACAAUGGUUGGGUCAUGAAUGGCGAUCCCUUGAAGAAUUUCGCGGAGCCUGAUUCUAAUGUGUACAUUCGGAGAGAGCUCAUCGCUUGGGGAGAUAGCGUGAAACUCAGAUAUGGGCAGAAACCAGAAGAUUGUCCUUUCUUAUGGCAGCACAUGGUGGCUUACGUGGAACAAACGGCGCAAAUAUUCGACGGCGUUCGAUUAGACAAUUGCCAUUCCACACCGAUCCCCGUUGCUGAGUAUAUGCUUGACGCUGCACGCCGAAUUCGUCCAGAUCUCUAUGUUGUCGCGGAAUUGUUCACCAACUCCGAUCAAAAGGACAACAUCUUUGUAAAUCGUCUCGGCAUCACGUCUCUAAUAAGAGAAGCCAUGUCUGCGUGGGAUAGCCACGAACAAGGGAGAUUGGUAUAUCGAUACGGAGGCGAGCCAGUUGGGGCAUUUUUGCAGCCGCGAAAACGACCGCUGGUGCCGAGCGUAGCUCACGCCCUGUUCCUGGAUGUGACUCACGAUAAUCCCAGCCCGGUGGAGAAACGAAGUACCUUCGAUCUGCUCCCGAGCGCUGCGCUUGUGGCGAUGGCGUGCUGUGCCAGCGGCAGUAAUCGCGGAUACGACGAAUUAGUGCCUCAUCAUAUACACGUGGUAGAUGAGAAAAGGCAGUACACUCUCUGGACAGACGACGAUUCGACGAACGACGUCAAGUUUAUUAACUCGAAAACUGGUAUAAUUGCAGCUAAAAGGGCAUUGAACGAUCUACAUUACACGCUUGGUAAACAAAAAUUUUCGCAAGUGUUUGUCGAUCAAAUGGAUACUGACAUAGUGGCUGUAACGAGACACUCGCCGACCAGUCACGAGAGCGUAGUUCUGGUCGCGUUCACGGCAUUUGAACACCCGGACUCUAACGCUCACGAUCUGAGAAGGCACGUGAGACCGCUGAGAGUGGAGGGUGUGGUGGAGGAAAUUAUUCUAGAAGCAUCGCUCUCGCACGUUGAUGCCAAAAACGGCAAACCACUUUUCCUUCUGCCCGAGAAAUACGUAAUGGACGAGAACGUCAUAAACGGACUGUCCGAGUACACGCUGAGCCUUAAACAGCACGUACAGUGCUGCGACUCCACGAUAAUCGAGAAGGUCGAUUCCGGCGAUCCUAAAAUCACGCAGCUUAAUUUCGUGAACUUCCAGCCCGGUUCCAUCAUAGCUAUACGUGUGACCCUCCACGCGAACAUAACACCUGCUUUAAAGAAGCUCCAGGAUACUAUCUUGCAGAUUACUUCAAACGAGAAAUCCGACUUGCACGAUAUAAUUUCCCGCAUGGACUUCUCGGAUUUGAAUAAAACGCUGUACAGGUGCGACCAGGAGGAACGUGAGGAGACUCAGGGUAAAUUUGGGGUAUACGUUGUGCCGGGAUACGGACCGUUUGUAUAUGCCGGGCUGCAAGGUAUUGUAUCCUUACUAGCUGAUAUUCGUCCGAAUAACGACCUAGGACAUCCCCUGUGUGCCAAUCUUAGACAGGGUAACUGGCUGAUAGAUUACGUGUGGCAACGUCUAAAAGAGGAUGACGGCACUAAACCCCUUGGAACGUGGCUUGAGCAAGCGAUGGAACCGUUCAAGUUAAUCCCGAAAUAUCUCGUGCCGAGUUACUUUGACGUUAUAAUCGUAAACAUCUACACGAUUCUUUUAGACCACUGCUACAAUGUGAUGUCGAACUUUGUUAACAAUGGAACUACAUUCGUUAAAUUGCUGAGUUUGGUCUCGGUGCAAAUGGGUGGCGUAGUAAGAUCGUCACAAUUGCCGGAUUUGUCGCCGGAUCUCAGAUCACCGAAGCCGAAAAUUAAAAUCCACGACGGCGUGGCGAAGCAAAUGUGUUCAACGUUGUCGGCGGGCUUGCCGCACUUCGCUACGGGUUACACGAGGAACUGGGGCAGGGACACCUUCAUCGCUCUGAGGGGGCUGUUACUUCUGACGGACAGGCAUGUCGAAGCGAGAUUCAUAAUCCUUGGCUUCGCCGGUACUUUGCGACACGGCCUGAUACCCAAUCUACUCGAUAAAGGAACCAAUGCCAGAUACAACUGCCGUGACGCUGUGUGGUGGUGGCUCUAUACUAUAAAAUGUUACACCGAGGAAGUGCCAGACAGUUUGAAUAUCCUGUCCGAUAAAGUUUCAAGAUUGUUCCCGACUGACGAUUCGCCAGCUUUGCCAGCGGGGCAGCAUGAUCAACCGCUGCACGAAGUAAUUCAGGAAGCUCUCACGGUACAUUUUCAAGGUCUCUGCUUCAGAGAGAGAAACGCCGGGAGGCAGAUCGACGAGCACAUGACCGAGCGCGGAUUCAACAAUCAGAUCGGCGUCCACCCCGAAACCGGUUUCGUGUUCGGCGGCAACGAUGCCAAUUGCGGCACGUGGAUGGACAAGAUGGGAUCUUCCGAGAAAGCUGGUAACAAGGGCAAACCGGCCACCCCGAGAGACGGCUCCGCCGUAGAGAUAGUCGGGCUGAGCAAAUGCGUUCUCAGUUUUCUGGCUGAAUUGUACAAGCAAAAUCUUUUCCCGUACGGCAGCGUUCAACGUAAAAGUCGCGACGGCAAAACGAUAACUUGGAGUUACAUGCAGUGGGCCGACAAAAUUCAAGCGAGCUUCGAGAAAUACUUUUAUGUGAAUGAGAUUCCGACACCGGACGAGUUGAAACCCAAUUUGAUCCAUCGGCGAGGUAUAUUCAAGGAUAGUCACGGGGCGACGCAAGAAUGGGCGGAUUAUCAGUUGCGGCCUAACUUCCCCAUCGCGAUGGUUGUUGCGCCGGAACUGUUUGAUCCGCAACAUGCCUGGACGGCGCUGAAAAAAGCGGAGGAGCUACUACUCGGUCCGCUGGGAAUGAAGACGCUGGACCCUGCGGAUUGGGCGUAUAACGGUGAUUACGACAACGCCAACGAUGGUACCGAUAUCAAGGUAGCGCACGGCUGGAACUAUCAUCAGGGACCCGAAUGGAUCUGGCCGAUAGGAUACUUCCUGCGAGCGCGUUUGCACUUCGCGUCAUUAGUCAACGAUAAGAACGAAUUACGUCGUACGGUCGCAUUGACCGAGGCCAUCAUUUCGCGGCACUUCAUCGAAGCGUCUGUCAACCAUUGGAGAGGCUUGCCCGAGCUUACCAACAAGGACGGGAAUUACUGCAAGGAUAGCUGUCGCACCCAAGCGUGGAGUGCUUCGGUUAUACUAGAGGUACUCCACGACUUGCAGAAGAUCAAACGGGAAUUGCGAUCCGAGCGAGUGAAAAUCGAGAAUUGAUGUCACUUUGCGUGUGUUCACCACCACCAGCUACACUUAGAGCAAUUAAAAUUAGAGGCGAGACGUAGUGGCGUUAGGGGCAGAGCGGAUGACACGAAUGUGAGCCUUCCCACCGGAGCAAUAACGACACCGCGCACACCGGAAACACACGCAUACCGUAUCCCGCACGUAGGCGUAACGAACACGCAAAUUCACGAAUCUGUAGUCGCUGCUGAUAGUACGUCCGCAAGGAACGAUACACUGAUUGCCGCCGAGGAAGGAUCGAUCGUUGCGGUUGAUAAGAAACGCGAUGACACAAAUUUUGAUGGCUCGUGCGAUUCGAGAGAGGUUCCAUCGAUCGCGAGAAACGAGGUGUACCUCGACGAUCGACGGAAAUCUGAGAAUUCGAUUGGAAACAACGAAGCUACUGUUCGAGCCCCGUCGAACGUCGGUCACGUUUACGAGGAAAUUGGAGCGAUCAAGGAGCCACGCGGUAGCUCGUACGAGCCCGACAUUCGAGAUUACUACGAGAAGUAUAGCCCCGCUACGGCGAAGACCUUGAUAGACACGCUUUUCCUGCCGCGGCACGUGAUCUGCAGGGAGUGCGCUAGAACGAGGGGCAGUCCGGUGUACACCGAUCGUCUGAUAUACACGAGGGAGUCGUUGCUCGCCGUGGAGGUGGUUCUGUGCCAACGCGACGACGUUUCGUGCUUCGAGUACCCGCGCGAGGAUUCCGAGGAUAUCUCCCGCUCGCAGUACGAUCGAAGCCGAGAUCGCAUGCUGGUCCACAGUUGCGCGAAGACCAACGCCGCGGGUAUAUUCUACUCCCACUGUUGGCCCCGGGACGUCUUCGAUCUGCGCUCGCUGCUGAAGCCGAGCAUCCACGUUGUCAAUCGCGCCUACCGCAACCUCGCGGUGAACACUCAGCUGUAUCAUCGCUGCACAAACAGCUAUCACAUGAGAACAUCGAGAGCCGGCUGCGCGCCCAUGACAUUUUGUCGCGACCGUGAUGACACUCCGAUAAGCUGCACGAAACGCGUCAGCCGCGAUUCACAGAAUCCGCCGAUUUAUCAGGCGCACCGCUCGAGGGGCGAUCACACCGACGAACAUCGGGGGAACAGAUCGAGCCUGUUGCUGCUGGAACCGUUGCUGCUAAUGCCGGAAUCGGCGGAUUCUGAGCAUCGGGGGGACACCAAAAAUUGGAUUUCGCGGUCGGAACGCACGAAAGUUAUCAGAAUAAUAAUGGUCUACGCGUCAUCGAUUCUCAUUCUCGCGAGCAUUACAUUUUACAUCGUUUAUUUUACCUAGAACCGGCUGUCUGUUAAACUUGCGGUGAGAUAUUUAGGAAAAACUUAAUCGCAUUCGGAUGUUAUACGUGUUACACAUUUAUUGUCAUUAAUUUUACGUUACAUUUUGUUACGAAGUGUCGUUCGCCAAUAUAUUCAACGGAAUGAUCAAGGUGUCGCAUAUAUGCACGAUGAUUUAUAUUUCGUCGUUACAUUUGUAUAUAUUUACGUCCGUUAUUAAUGGGAUAAUUUCAUCGAUUUAUUAAUGACAAGAAAUUGUUUUGCGGUAUACAAAUUGUUAACUAUCUUAAUCGUUAAAUCUGCAUCACUAUGAGCGAAUCGGUUUCACCUCUAUAUUAAAUUACACGCGUAACAGAUGUACAAUUUUUAACAAGCUCGCAUAAUUCAUCGUAAAUAUAUUUUAUAUAUACUUUUAAAAUCUAGAAAGCGAUUAUAGUCGUUUCAAAGUUUAAAACAAAAAUGUUAUUCGAGACACGUGCUCGAACUCUGUAAUCUCGAAAGUUCGAAAAUUUAAUCCUUUUACGUGUUGUCUAUUAAUAUGUAUAUUAAAUAUUUAAUAGUUCCUAUAUUAUUAGUUUCACUCACGAUACUAGAAAUGCAGGAAUUGAUUUUUUAUGACGUCUUAUUUAUAUAAAUAUUCAUCGAUAUGAUAGAUACAUAAUGAGUAAAAAUUGAUAUGCUUUUUCGUCAAGAGAAACGUAAAGUUACUAAUUUUCGAAAUUUUCGGAUAGAUUUCGUGGAUACAUCAUAUCUUAAUUGUAAGAGAGUGGAUCGCAUAUAUUUAGAUCACAAAAAAAGCAUGUGGGAAAUAUAAAUUUUGUAAUAAAAAAAAACAAAUGAACUGACAAAACUUCUAACUAUUACUAGAAGUUUCAUUAUUAUAUUUAUUUUUAAAUGCCUUCAUAAUAUGUAAAUUCCGAUAUUUCAGUUUUUAAAUUCUUUUGCGAAUAUUUACAUUUGAGAUUAAUGCGUUUUACCAUUAUUGUUAUAAACUGACUUAUUCUUAUUAAAUUUUCCUGUUGGUUA